AUGCGAUCCUGUUAUCACGACAGUACUGAUCGCCUCCCUGACUGGAAGUGUUGCCUGAAGGAAGUAGAAGAGACUCACGACUUUUGUUCAUAUUUACUUUCUUUACCUCUUUUCACCUCUUUCUUCUUGGAAAGAGGUAGUUACUGUCUUUCUUUUCUCUCAUCUGCUUGCCCUCUCUCUCGGGAAGAUGUGAGGAAUCUGCUUUUCCUUUUUUUUCUUUGUCAUCGCCCCGGAUUUGACGUCAUUUCUGUUGAGCAACCCAAUCCUCUGCUUUCUUGUUGUUUGUUAAAUUAUUCAUUGUUUUUUCUCUUAAUAUUCGUUCGCAGAAACACCAUCAUGAUAGCCUAUGCUAUCAUGUUUGGUUACUUAGCAACCACACCAUUUUGGCACCUUUUUCAUCGCCAUAUUGAUUACGGCAUCUUGAUUUGGUUUUCCACCAAAUUUCUCGAUUUACAUAACGACAUGCUACAUGUGGCAUCUUUUUCAUUCAGCACGCCGCCAUUUUUGGAUUUUACUUACCAGUCCCAAAUCACUUUAUUCAAGUGA